AUGCAAUCUGUGAAUAAUGCAACCUCUUCCACGCCAAUCUUCGGAGUUUCUCAACCGAUCUCCACAGCUUUCCCAAAGGCCAAUGACGUUGCGUUGACGAGCUCUCUGCAAUCUUCUCUCGAGGAAUUCAAAAGUUUCGAGUCAAAACAAGAAACUCUUCUAAGAAUCAAAGUUUUAAAAAAUCUUGAUGGAUUGGUGAAGGAUUGGGUCCAGAAGACUACCAUUUCAAGGAUUCCAAAGGAUCAAAUGUUCAAUGCUGGUGGAAAGCUAAUUCCAUUUGGAUCUUAUCGACUUGGAGUACACAGCAGUGGAGCGGAUAUCGACAGUAUUGUAGUUGCACCGAGGCAUAUCACCCGAUCCGAUUUCUUCAAUUCAUUCAAGGAUAUUCUUGCGAAGAAUCCAGAAGUCACAGAGUUAUGUGCAGUCGAAAAGGCAUUUGUCCCAAUCAUGACACUGAAGUACUCUGGAGUGGACAUCGAUAUCCUGUUUGCAAGACUCGCAUUGAAAUCUGUUCCAGAGGAUCUAAAUAUUCUCGAUGAUUCACUUUUGAAGAAUCUCGACGAGGAAAGUGUUCGAAGUCUCAAUGGAUGCAGAGUAGCCGAGCAACUCCUGAAGCUUGUUCCACACCAGAAGAACUUUUGUAUCACACUUCGAGCAAUCAAGCUGUGGGCAAAAAACCAUGGGAUCUACUCGAAUUCAAUGGGAUUCUUUGGAGGAAUUACUUGGGCAAUUCUUGUCGCAAGAAUAUGCCAAUUGUAUCCAAAUGCUGCUCCAUCAAGACUGAUUCAAAAGGUAUUCUUCAUUUUCUCAACAUGGAAUUGGCCAGCACCGGUGCUCCUCGACUACAUUAACUGUGAUCGUACGGAUUUGGCACAGCUCAACCAACUUGUCUGGGAUCCAAGAAGAAACCAUGCUGAUCGAUACCAUUUGAUGCCAAUUAUUACUCCUGCAUUUCCACAGCAAAACUCCACACACAAUGUCUCAAGAUCAAGUAUGAAAGUGAUUCAAGAUGAGAUGAAGAAAGCUUUGAUUAUCUGCGACAAGAUCCACGAAGGAACAUUGGAGUGGCGUGAUUUGCUUGAAGAAAUCAACUUUUUCAGUAAAUAUCAUCAUUUUAUUGCACUGAAAUUGAAGGCUGAAUCUGUGAAGGAGGAGCUGGCAUUCGGUGGAUUCUUCGAGUCAAGAAUCCGGCAACUUGUGCAAAUUUUGGAGAAAAACCAGGUGAUUCAAGUGGCUCAAAUCAAUCCAAGAAAGUUCAAGGAUGUGAAGGAUCCGAAGAAGUCGAUUUGGUUCAUCGGAUUGGAGUUUGUUGCAAAUGUGAAGAACGUUGAUUUGACUAGUGAUAUCCAGCAGUUCAAAAUGAAUAUCGAUCGUCAAUCAAUGUCUGUGAAGGAGAUUGCAGCAGGUUGUCAAGUGGAGACGGAUUUCACAUACGAGAAGAGGUCAAAUUUAAUCAAUAUCAUCUCCAAGAAGGAUCUCAGUUGUCAAAGAAUCAUGAAGAAGACGGAAGUUUCUGUUCCAGUGACCAAAGAUUCCAGAAACCUGAAGCGACAUAUUCUCGAUGAAGCUCCAACUGUUCAAAAGAAGCAUAAGCUGGAUGUUUUGGAAAAGUCAACUGUGGAUUCCUUGCUCUCAACUCUGAAGAAGAAUACUUCUCAUGCUUAA